AUGCCGGUGUACGAUAAAUUCAUGAAAGAACUUUUGAACGGUAAACGCAAAUUUAAGGAUGAUGAAAAUGUAGCACUAGCAGAGGAAUGUAGUGCUAUCAUUCAAUGCAAAUUAAAACCUAAACUAACAGAUCCAGGCACUUUGUGUUUAGGGGCUAGCAUAAAUUUGAUGUCGUUGUCUAUGAUGAGAAAAUUAAAUUGUGGGGAGCCAAAAACUACGAAAAUGACUUUGACCCUGUCUGGUCGAUCUAUCACUUAUCCUUAUGGAGUCGUGGAGGAUGUAUUGGUAAAGGUUGAUAAUUUAUUGUUUCCCGCUGAUUUUGUCAAUUUGGAUAUGCCGGAAGAUGCUGAAAUACCAUUAUUAUUGGGGAGACCUUUCCUUGCCACGCGCAUAGCUUUGAUGGAUGUGGAAAGAGAAGGAUUGAUCCUUCGGUUUAAUAAAUAG